UCUACCACAUCAUCAACCACCGUUCUGCUUCCCAUGCCAGGCCUCCCUGGAAAACUUUCUAUGCAGGGUUCUCCAGAUCGGAGGGGCCGGAUAUAUGCCGAUCCAAAAUUUAGUUAAGCUUUGGGAGGCAAGUGUGUUCCCUUCUUGUGAUCUUCGACAUCCUGGCCCCGACACUGAGAAAAAGUGUGGCAUGUUUACUUUCAAUUGCUUUGAUCGCCCAAGAUAGAAGUGAGGUCAAAGAUAGCAAAAGCAGACCCUGUUGAAUUCAGUGUUCUAAAUAAUUGAAAGCCAACACGACAUGAUGAUUAACACAUUACUUCUCUGCUUUAUUCAUGGCUUCAAGGGAGAUGAAGAGACUUUCUUUCAGUUUCCUGAGGACCUGAAAAAUGCAGUCUCGGAGAAGAACCCAGAGCUCAAUGUCCAGACUCGGGUAUAUCCCAAAUACGAGACCCGGGGCGACCUUGCAGCAUGCGUGGAAACAUUUCGAGAAUGGCUCCAAGAUCAAGUCACAAAUCUGGAACGCAAUGCUGCAACACCAUCAGCAAUACUUGAUCCCUCUGUGAGCGUGAUUCUCGUAUCUCAUUCAAUGGGAGGUUUCGUCGCAGCAGACACCCUCUUCUCCGUCCUCGACAACACGCCCGUCUCCUCCAAUCCCAGACAAAAACUCAUGUUCCCCCUAAUCCAAGGCGUCAUGGCCUUCGACACACCUUACAAUGGUCUCUCCCGCUCCAUGUUCGCCUACGGCGCCUUCUCGCAAUACCAAAACAUCUCCUCGAUUUGGAACGUCCUGUCCAGCAUCUCCACCUCCUUACCCGCAUUCAUGGGUGCCGCAGGAUCAGCAUCUGCUUCCUCAGGCGCCGCCUCAGCUGCAACAUCCUCAGCCAAGAUCGCUACAACCCAGAACAAGACGUCUUGGAAGCGCUGGCAGCUCCUCGCUGCUAGGACAGGGACAAUUGGUGCCAUUGCUGCCGGUGGAGUUGCUGCGUACAUGAACCGCGAAGCGAUUCUCAACUCGCUGUCCAAGAUCAACAGAGAGAAUAUUUCGAGUAUCAACUAUAGAGAAAAUCUUGCUAGGAUCCCGAAUAUUAAGUACAAGGAGAAUAUUUCUCAAGGUUUAGCCUAUGUGAGCAGAGAGAGUAUUGGAGAGGGAUUCGCGUGGAUGGCAUCGCAUCUCAAGUUCGUCGGGGCACUGAUGAAGCAGACGCAGCUUACUACGAGGCUUGAAAGACUGAGUCAGUUGGAAGGUGUCGGACUUGUCAAUAUAUAUACCUCUCUAGGCGAGAAUGGUUAUUGGAGUGGAGGGUACUUCGUUCCAAAGAGGACAUUCUGCGCUAUUCCUACUGGAAAGGGGCAAAGUAGGCUGUUCAUCGAGCAGCCGAACCCAAAGGCAGAGAACGAGAUUGAGGCGCAUUGUAGCAUGUUCAAGCCGAACAAGAAUGAGAAGUAUGUAGAGAUGCUAGAGAGGAGUCGGGAGCUUGUGCUUGAGUGGGUCAAGCAUGAUCCUAGGAUGGUGGUUGAUGAAUAUAAGCCGAGCCGGGAGCAGUUGACGAGGAGCCGAAGUGAGAGUCAGCUUUGGGACGACGACGGGGUGGUUAAGAGCCCCGAGGGAGAGAAGGAUGGGAUGAAGGGUGGUGAAGAGGAUGAGGAUCAGUUGGAUGCUAUUCUGAAGAGUCAGGAUAUGCCGCAGCCGGAGGAUGGAGGGGUGAAUGACGAGGAGUUGAAGAUGGCUUUGCAAGUACCGCUGCCUGUUGAUCAGGAAGCGAUGCAAAGUGAGGACCUGGAACAGGCUGUGAAGAUUCCAUUGCCCAAUGAUGAUGAGAUCUUGAAGGAAGUGAAGGAAGAGAUAUGAUUUGGUUCAAAUUUCGUCAACGCUGCAUAGCUGGUACUUUCUUGAGUAUAGUUUGGGAUAGAUUUGAGAGUGUUAA